UAUGCAAUCAGAUCAGUAGUUACGCAACCGGCUAACCGUCGACGCACAGAAUAAGGCAGAAGCGAGACAGAUAUCAAACCCCAAUCCAAUCUCACCAGGAGUAGUGAUGGAGCCAUUGUGCAGUGAACUGGCAGAGCCUACAGUACGGGUCUCUGUUCUUCCUCACUUCCAGCCAACCGUCGAAUUGAUAGACACCAGUGGAGAGGAGUUCCAUUUCGGAUACGAGUGUGAAGGAAGUUUCGCGGUGGCGAGAAACCUCACCAGAUAUCUUGCUCGUGGACUGAGCAAUAAGUGGACGUUAGACUACACGAGUGGUGAUGCUGUCAACCUGGCAGUUGGAGACUCUUGCGUCUUCUUCAGUUGUUACGAAUACACCGUAAAUUCCUACCAGGACGGGAGAGUUGUCAGCAUUGUGCACCUCAUCUGAAUGAAUGUGCUCAAGGGUUGGCCAGGUGUGACCACGACUGCGUGGAUAUCCGAGACGGGAAUCCCGACAGCUACUUCUGCACCUGUAGGCAUGGCUUUGCCCUCAGCCAAGACCUUCACAGUUGCUACGGUGGGUAUGUUGUCAUUGAAAUGAUUGAGAUAAUAUACAGGAGAGCCAAGGAAUCCUUUGUUCAAAUAAAAGAAAGUGACCUCGUUGUUCCUUCCCACCUCCCUCAAUUG